AUGGCUUUACGUAGACGGUCACUACUAAUCAGCUCGGUCGACAGCUCUGUGUUGCUUCCUACCACUGGUUCGACGUUUGCCGUUGAAGUUGAUCUGGGUGGGGACUCCGCCAUAUGCACUGGUGCAUCACCGUCGUCAACACUGUCGCCAUCAUCCCUGCCUUCUACCUGUGCGACAGGUAGAGUAACAGACUUCGCAAAUAAUGGUGCGGCUAUACCCAACUUCCCUGUUGUGAUCAAUUGCUAUUUGGGCCAAGAGAUUGUGUACACUAAGCAGCUUAUUACUGAUGCCAAUGGCGAGUACAAGUUCCCUAACGUGCCUGAAGGUUACGAAUGUGAAGUGUCUGUAGAUGUCGAAGCUGACCUCAUCGGAGUGGAUGUCAAUGUGGAAGAAGAAACGGCAACAUGCUUGCGCGUGUGA